GUGGGCGGAGCCGGGGGCACAGGCCACCCCUGCUAUAUCUGCGCCUGCGCGGCGCGGCUGCGGGGCCAGUCGGGACGGAGGAGACAAGAUGGCGCUGCGGGCAAUGCGGGGGAUCGUGAACGGGGCCGCACCCGAGCUACCCGUGCCCACCAGUGGGCCUGUGGUGGGAUCUCGGGAGCAAGCGCUGGCAGUUAGCCGGAACUACCUUUCCCAGCCUCGCCUCACAUACAAGACAGUAUCAGGAGUCAAUGGUCCACUAGUGAUCUUAGAUCAUGUUAAGUUUCCCAGAUAUGCUGAGAUUGUCCACUUGACAUUACCAGAUGGCACGAAGAGAAGUGGGCAAGUUCUAGAAGUUAGUGGUUCUAAAGCAGUGGUUCAGGUAUUUGAAGGGACAUCAGGUAUAGAUGCCAAGAAAACGUCCUGUGAGUUUACUGGGGAUAUUCUCCGAACACCAGUGUCCGAGGAUAUGCUUGGUCGGGUCUUCAAUGGAUCAGGAAAACCCAUUGACAGAGGUCCUGUUGUACUGGCUGAAGACUUCCUUGACAUCAUGGGCCAGCCAAUCAAUCCUCAGUGUCGAAUCUAUCCAGAGGAGAUGAUUCAAACUGGCAUUUCGGCCAUAGAUGGCAUGAACAGUAUUGCUCGGGGGCAGAAAAUUCCAAUCUUCUCUGCUGCUGGCUUACCACACAAUGAGAUUGCAGCUCAAAUCUGUCGCCAGGCUGGUUUGGUAAAGAAAUCCAAAGAUGUAGUGGACUACAGUGAGGAAAAUUUUGCAAUUGUAUUUGCUGCUAUGGGUGUAAACAUGGAAACUGCCCGGUUCUUCAAAUCUGACUUUGAAGAAAAUGGCUCAAUGGACAAUGUCUGCCUCUUUUUGAACUUGGCUAAUGACCCAACUAUUGAGCGAAUUAUCACUCCUCGCUUGGCUCUAACUACAGCAGAAUUUCUGGCCUAUCAGUGUGAGAAACAUGUAUUGGUUAUCCUAACAGAUAUGAGUUCUUAUGCUGAAGCACUUCGAGAGGUUUCAGCAGCCAGGGAAGAGGUUCCUGGUCGACGAGGUUUCCCAGGUUACAUGUAUACAGAUUUAGCCACAAUAUAUGAACGCGCUGGCCGAGUGGAAGGUAGAAAUGGCUCCAUUACUCAAAUCCCUAUUCUCACUAUGCCUAAUGAUGAUAUCACUCACCCUAUCCCUGACUUGACUGGAUAUAUUACAGAGGGGCAGAUCUACGUGGACAGACAGCUGCACAAUAGACAGAUUUACCCACCUAUUAAUGUGCUGCCCUCAUUAUCUCGGUUAAUGAAGUCUGCUAUUGGAGAAGGUAUGACCAGAAAGGAUCAUGCCGAUGUAUCUAACCAGCUGUAUGCAUGUUAUGCUAUUGGUAAGGAUGUACAAGCCAUGAAAGCCGUUGUUGGAGAAGAAGCCCUAACCUCAGAUGAUCUUCUUUACUUGGAAUUUCUGCAGAAGUUUGAGAGGAACUUCAUUGCUCAGGGUCCUUAUGAAAACCGCACUGUCUAUGAGACUUUGGACAUUGGCUGGCAACUGCUCCGAAUCUUCCCCAAAGAAAUGCUGAAGAGGAUCCCUCAGAGCACCCUGAGUGAAUUUUACCCUCGAGACUCUGCAAAGCAUUAGCUGCUACUUCAUCGCUGGCUUGAUACACUUGUGAAAUAUUGGUUCUGUUUUCUUUAUUCCUUGUGCACUCCCCCAUUCCCCCAUCUUUGUGUUGAAGUUUACCUUGUUACCCUGUAAUUAAAAACAAAGACUAGGUAA